AUGGCUGCCAGACUCUGUGAAAAUGCUUCUGGGCACUACCACUGCACCCACGUCAGCCAACCCCUUGAAAUUAGCAGUGUGUUGCUCCUGAUUAUGCUUGGAAAAGUCUCCCUUAAUUUCUUCAUGUUGCAAGUUAAGCCAAAGAAUGUGAAAGUUAGUUUUAUGGGCUACUUCUGCACCUCAGUGGCACUUGUUGAUCUUGUGCUGCUGCUGACUCUCUCUUUCAUUUUCUAUUUUGAGGAUUUUGCUCUCUGGGGCAUGAGAUUCACCAAAUACCAUAUCUGCCUCUUCACUCAGAUCAUUUCUCUAACCUACAGCAUUUUGCAUUUCCCUGUGUACCUCGUGGCUGCUCUGGAUUAUUACACCACUGUCUCCCAAACAUCCCAGUUCCCUAGAAGAGGUCAGAAAUUCCUUUAUGCAUUCACUGUGGUGGUUAUAUGGACUUCAGGGGUUUUUUGCAUUCUCAAAGUUCCUGCUGUCUAUGAAGAACUGGAAAUACAGAACAGUUUUUCUCCUGACCAGUGUCCGCUCUCUGCCAGCCUGCAGAGCUACUCAGUGUCGUGUGCCAUGGUGCUGCUCUUGGGCACAGCUCUCCUGGUUUGCAGGAAGGAGGUGAUAUCCAUGUUGCUGUCGGUCAGGCUCAUUUCCUUUGCCAAGCAGCCUGUUUUGAUGUUCUCCUAUGUGUCUAACAACAGCUCUUGCUUCAAGUGGCAGCUCCUGAGCAGGCUCCUCAUCUGUUUUCUGGGCACUUGGGCACCUUUUGUUGUCCUUCAGGUUCUCCUGUUGCUCCUUGGUCUGCAGAUUCCUGCCUACAUGGACAUGAAUGUGCCCUGGCUGUGUUUCAUCAACAGCUUCCUCAUUGCAGCAGCCUACUGGUGCCGAUGCCAUGAUGUGGAACUGACAGAGGAGGCGUGGGCCACAGACCCAUUUGUCAGCUGGAAAUUCUGCUUUAUGCCAUUUAACAAUGAAAACACAGAGCCAGCUGAUGAGCCAGGCACAGGAAUUGUCAUCUGCUGA